AGUUCCCACCCACCGCCCCAGGGGCCCGGACGGGAAGGCGCUGCCGGCGGGCGCGCGGGGAGGGAGCCGGUGCGCUCGGACCUGCGCGCGGAAGGUGCGCCCGCGUCGGCCGCGGAGUUCCCCGGCGGGGGCGGCGGGCCGGGCGGGGACGAGGUCCGAGGGCCCCGGGGGCGGCCGCCGCGCCGGGAGGUUCGGCCGCGAGCGUGACAUCACGGGGAGGGGCCAGCGCGGCGCCCCCGGCGAGGAGCCGAGCGCGGAGGGCGCGGAGCCGGAGCCGGAGCCCAGCGGCGGGGAGCGCACGCCGAGGCCCCAUGGAGCGGUACAAAGCCCUGGAGCAGCUGCUGACGGAGCUGGAGGACUUCCUCAAGAUCCUGGACCAGGAGAGCCUGAGCAGCACAGCCGUGGAGAGGAAGAGUGGUCUGGCCGAGCUCCUCCGCCUGUACAUCAAAAGCAGCAAAAAGCCUUUGUGUGAAGUCAUAACAGUUGAGCUGAGUUUAUUUUUAUCUCGGGCGCUUGAGGAUCGGAAGUGAUGUUCGCGGACAGAGAGGGGCCAUCAGAGGGCGCGUCCUCCAUCUGCCUCGCGGCAGGAGCAGCCUUCAUCCGUGCCAGGCCGGGGGCGUGCACCUGCUCAGAGUCAGGAAGUUCUCCCUCGUCCACCCUGAACCUGCCAGGCCACACGCCACGGUCCCUUUCCCUCUUCUUUGUUCCCAGUGGAACUAGUUUCUGUUCUCUGAAUUACAGAGACGUCGUAAAGCUGAACAUGUUGCUACCUGCCCGGCAGCUUGCUCUCCCGGUGAAACAAUCCUGGCUCCCUCCGCCUGUCAUCAGAGGCGUUCUCCUUGAGCCGCUCGGUCUUUGGGCUCCAGGCCAGCCCCUGGUUCCCAGGCUCCUGGCUUUGUAGUGAGCGUCUGCCAGCCUGCCCGAGUGCUGGUCAGCCACACAUCAAAGGUUCUGAUGAGGAGUACAUUUACAUGAACAAAGUGACGGUCAACAAGCCACAGAAUGCCGAGUCCCAAGACAAAGCGCCGGAGGAGCGGAGCCCACUGGCCAACGGGGAGCCCCGCCAGCACGCCACGGCCCCUCAGAAGAGUCUCCCGGACCUCCCGCCCCCCAAGACCAUUCCAGAACGGAAACAGCUCUCCAUCCCAAAGAUCGAGUCUCCAGAGGGUUACUAUGAAGAGGCUGAGCCGUAUGACAUGUCCGUCAAUGAGGAUGGAGAGGCCGUGAGCAGCUCCUACGAGUCCUACGACGAGGAUGAAGGCAGCAAGGGCAAGUCGGCCCCCUACCAGUGGCCCUCGCCCGAGGCCAGCAUCGAGCUGAUGCGCGACGCCCGCAUCUGCGCCUUCCUGUGGCGCAAGAAGUGGCUGGGGCAGUGGGCCAAGCAGCUCUGCGUCAUCAGGGACACCCGACUCCUGUGUUACAAAUCCUCCAAGGACCACAGCCCUCAGCUGGACGUGAACUUGCUGGGCAGCAGCGUCGUCCACAAGGAGAAGCAAGUGCGGAAGAAGGAGCACAAGCUGAAGAUCACGCCGAUGAACGCCGACGUCAUCGUCCUGGGCCUGCAGAGCAAGGACCAGGCGGAGCAGUGGCUGAGGGUCAUCCAGGAGGUGAGCGGCCUGCCUUCAGACGGUGCGGCCGAGGGAAACCAGUACUCCCCGGAGGCCCAGCGCCUGAGCUGUCAGAAGGCAGAUAUAGCCGAGAAGUACCUGUCCGCCUCGGAGUAUGGGAGCUCUGUAGAUGGCCACGCUGAGGUCCCCGAGACCAAAGAUGUGAAGAAGAAGUGCUCUGCGGGCCUCAAACUGAGCAACCUGAUGAACCUGGGCAGGAAGAAGUCCACCUCGCUGGAGCCUGCAGAGAGGUCCCUGGAGACCGCCUGUUACCUGAACGUGCUGGUGAACAGCCAGUGGAAGUCACGCUGGUGCUCCGUCAGGGACAGCCACCUGCACUUCUACCAGGACCGGAACCGCAGCAAGGUGGCCCAGCAGCCCCUGAGCCUGGUGGGCUGUGAGGUGGUCCCGGACCCGAGCCCGGACCACCUGUACUCCUUCCGCAUCCUCCACAACGGCGAGGAGCUGGCCAAGCUCGAGGCCAAGUCUUCCGAGGAAAUGGGCCACUGGCUCGGCCUCCUGCUCUCCGAGUCGGGCUCCAAGACAGACCCAGAGGAAUUCACCUACGACUACGUGGAUGCAGACAGGGUCUCCUGUAUUGUGAGUGCGGCCAAGAACUCCCUGCUAUUGAUGCAGAGGAAGUUCUCAGAGCCCAACACUUACAUCGACGGCCUGCCCAGCCAGGAUCGCCCGGAGCUGCUGUAUGACGACGUGGAGAUGUCCGAGCUGACGGCCGCGGUGGACCCCGAGGAAGCCGCCCCGGCCACAGAUGCUCCGAGCGAGCUCGACCCUGACCGCAUGUACCUGGACCUCACGCCGGUCAAGUCCUUCCUGCACAGUCAGGGUGGCACCCAGGCCCGAGGCUGCUCCCCCACACCGCCCUGCCUGGACCCUCCAGCAGAGGCCCUCCCUGCAGACCCGGGCCCCGCCCCAGCUGAGCCCCCCGUCGAUACAUCUGCAGAGACCCCCGAGUUGCAGCAGGUGCAGCAGGAGAGUCUGGAGCCGGAGGAGCUGUCCCCCAGAAUCUCGACGGUCAAAAUCCAGACUGAACAGCAAAAACUCUCCUUCUCAUCGAGCUGCCCUGACGCUGUGGCUGUCACCCUAGCCGGGGCCAGCACGCCUGCGAAGGACAGGCUGAGGGUGACCUCUGCAGAGAUCAAACUUGGCAAGAACAGGACGGAAGCUGAGGUGAAGCGGUACACGGAGGAGAAGGAGAGGCUGGAGAAGAUGAAGGAAGAAAUCCGGGGGCACCUGGCUCAGCUCCGGAAGGAGAAACGGGAGCUGAGGGAGACCCUGUCGAAAUGCACAGCCGGCCUCAUUCCCAUUCCAGACAAGGGGGCGCUGGCCAGCCUGGAGCAGAAGCUGAAGGAGAUCGACGAGGAGUGCAGGGUGGAGGAGAGGAGGCGGGUGGACCUCGAGCUCAGCAUCGUGGAGGUGAAGGACAACCUGAAGAAGGCCGAGGCCGGGCCCGUGACGCUGGGCACCACAGUGGACACCUCCCACCUGGAGACCGUGAGCCCCCGAGCAUCACUCUUUUGUCACCACAGCCCAAAGCCGCCGCCCCCACCCCUGCCCCAGACUGUACCCCCGUCAACUCUGCCACGGCGCUCAAGAACAGACCUCUUUCCGUCAUGGUCACAGGCAAAGGCACCGUCCUCCAGAAAGCCAAGGUAUUUGAAUGGCGCCCUAGGAAUGGGAGAAGAAAGGGACCAGUUAGGACACAAGCGUCACGGCAAGCCUCUCCUGCCCACGUGGACCUUGGCGACAACCCCGCUUCGUCCAGGCCUUCCUUCAAGCAGCGACUCUGUGAGCGGGUGAGUCUGUUUAACAGGAAAAACAAGGACGGGGGACCGCGCACGGAGAGCUCCGGCUGAUGGGAGGCGCGGGCCCUUUGCAGAGAAGGAGCUAGCAGGACCGGAGAGAGAGCUGUGACUUCAGCCGGCGCUGAUGCCAUGGAUGACGCGGUAACGGAGCAGGAAAUACUUGGGACCACGCGGAGGCACUGUCCCCACUCAGUUAAGGACCUUUUGAAAGUGACGCUGUAUUAUAUUUUUAAAAAUAUGUUUCAAAUCCUGUAAUUUAGAACAGUGAAGUGUCUUUUGAGAUUUAACUGACUUUCGACAUUAUCGUAGAAAAAAAGAGAUUAGUGCUUUGUGUUUACAGAGUCCGUCCUGUGGCCAUUCUUAAGAGUUAUUUAAUAUAAUGCUCUCGUAGUCCCGGUUUUUUUAAAUUGUGCUUUAUGUCCGGGCACCUUCCAAGAUAAUAAAAGGGGUGAGUUUGGGGUGGGCCCCCGUCUUUUCCUCCGAUGGCAUUGUUUGCUAACGCAGGUUGAAACAUUUCAUCCGUCAUCUCCACCUCACGUCCAGGGGUUCUCGGAACUAAAGUUCUUUCUAACCCCAGGGCAUUUAUUUCCUUUGUCAUAAACACUUGGUGGCCCUUUGCCAAGUGGUGAGUUAGAUUUUUCUAAAAAAAUAAAAUGUUAAUUGUA